GCUCGUAAGGAUCUGAAGGCAACAACGGUGGCGAUUUGUCCUUCCAAGCCUCAUCAAUGUAUUGAACUAUGACCAGCGAUUCACAAACCGGUUUUCCGUUGUGGAUCAGAACCGGUACUUUCCCGUGAACCGGGUUCGCCUUCAGGAGGAAAUCGCUCUUGUUGCUCAGGUUCUCUUCCCUUCUCUCGAACGCCACACGUUUCUCGGCCAGGGCGAUUCUCACCCUCAUUCCGAAGGGGCUGUGCAAGAAAUCCAGCAGAAUUACCUCAUCCGCCAUUGCUAGAGCUCGAGAUGGAAGGAAAUGGAAUGCGGAAGCUGCUUUGCGUUUGAGGAGUAUAUAUAAGGAUUUUGAAUUACAGAUACUGGUGGGAGCUGUGGUCCAUUGGAUGGUUGUGACAUAGCGUGCAUAUUGGGAUGAUUUGACUUGAAGGAAAUGAUUAUUUUGUAUGUUUGAGUUAUUGUUGAAGCCUUCCUGCCAGUAAAUUGAGGUGAUGGAUACAAUGAUAUCAGCUGCCAUGAAUAUAAUGGACACUGCAUUAGACUGGAUGGCAGUAGCAUUCGAUGCUCCAUCAGCACGAGCUGUUGUUUUUGGGGUUCAUAUUGGCGGGCAUUUAUUCGUGGAAGGUCUUCUUCUGGUGGUCAUCCUUUUCCUACUUUCUCAAAAAAGUUACAAGCCCCCCAAGCGGCCGCUAACAAAAAAGGAAAUAGAUGAGCUUUGUGAUGAAUGGGUUCCAGAAUCGCUUAUUCCUCCUCUUACAGAAGAGAUGCAUUGCGAACCUCCAGUUUUGGAAAGUGCUGCAGGCCCGCAUGCAGUAGUUGAUGGCAAAGAAGUUGUGAACUUUGCUUCUGCAAAUUACCUUGGAUUAAUAGGUCAUGAGAGGUUACUUGAUUCUUGUACAUCUGCAUUAGAGAAAUAUGGUGUUGGUUCUUGCGGUCCUCGUGGUUUCUAUGGGACAAUUGAUGUCCACCUUGAUUGUGAAGCCAGAAUAGCAAAAUUUUUGGGAACUCCUGAUUCAAUACUGUAUUCUUAUGGACUCUCCACCAUGUUCAGUGCUAUUCCAGCAUUUUGCAAGAAGGGAGAUGUCAUUGUUGUGGAUGAGGGAGUUCAUUGGGGGAUUCAAAAUGGCCUUUAUCUUUCUAGAAGCACAAUUGUGUAUUUCAAGCACAAUGACAUGAACUCACUAGAACAUACUUUGGAGAAAUUUACUUCACAGAAUAAACGGGCUAAGAAGCUGCGGCGUUACAUUGUUGUUGAAGCUGUGUACCAGAAUUCUGGCCAAAUAGCUCCCUUGGAUGAGAUCAUUAAGUUGAAGGAAAAAUAUCGCUUCCGUGUUUUAUUGGACGAAAGCAACUCAUUGGGUGUACUUGGUAGCUCUGGAAGAGGUCUCACUGAACACUGGGGGGUUCCGAUUGAGAAGAUUGAUAUUGUAACUGCUGCCAUGGGACAUGCGUUAGCCACUGAAGGUGGAUUUUGCACUGGAAGUGCUCGGGUCAUUGAUCACCAACGACUGAGCAGUUCUGGCUAUGUCUUCUCUGCAUCUUUGCCCCCAUAUCUUGCAAGUGCUGCAAUUACUGCUAUUGAUGUCCUGGAGGAAAACCCUGAUCUGAUUACGAAACUGAAGGAGAACAUUGCUUUUCUAUGGAAAGAAUUGUCCAAUAUACCAGGCCUUUCAAUAGCAAGUGAUCCACGAUCACCGAUUGUUUUUCUGCGACUAGUGAAGCCAACAGGUUCUUUAAAGAAUGACCUACAUCUCCUUGAAGAUAUAGCUGAUCGUGUGUUGAAGGAACAUUAUGUAUUCGUGGUGGCUUCCAAACGAUCAACGCUUGAUAAAUGCCAGCUGCCCGUUGGAAUUAGAUUGUUUGUUUCAGCUGCACAUACAGAAGGUGACCUGUUGAAAGCAUCUGAUGCAUUGAAGAGAGUUGCAGCUUCAGUGCUUAUAAAUUAAUGAUGUGUACACAUGGCAUCUCCGUUUAUUGCUUUUAUUUUUCUUUUGGGUCAUUGGUUGGUUUAAUGUUUAUGUUAAGGAGGCCAUAAAUAAUAGGGAUAAACGGCCUGUGGCUAGCAUUAGUCUUUAUAAUUAUCUUUUGAAUUUUUGUAUUGCAUAAUUAGUUUCAUUCAAACAAUCGCGCAGAGUUUGUUUCCAACUGUAGUCUCCCCAGAAACAAUGUGGCAGCGUUCUCUGUCUACACUUUGACUGCAGCAGAUGAAAAGUUAUGCUUGGGAUUUUUUUUACCCCUUUAAACUA